AUGGACGCGAAGUCAUCCGAGCGGCCUGACAGCGCAAAUGAUGGUUGGAAGGAGCGAGCACCAUACAGCAUUCGCAAUUCUGACGAAAAUGUCCAUUGUAUUUACGAGGCGAGCUGUCAUUGCGGCAAAGUCAAAUACCAGCUGAGUCGCGAGAUUCCACUCGAUAGCAAAUUGUGCCAUUGCGCUACAUGCCAGACUCAACAUGCUGCACCAUUCCAAUGGGCCGCCAUUUUCCAUAAAGAGGACACCAAUUUCACCCAUGGGCACCAUAAUCUAGAGUGGUACGACCCGACCGAGAAGUCCGUCGAGCACAAGCUGCCAUGCAAAGUUCGCUGCUCGUACUGCCACAGCCCGAUCAUGGACGAAGGGAGGAACAUGAUCUUGCUCUUUCCUUCCUUGAUUCACUUCAAGUCCACCAAGGAGCGCGAAAAUUCCAAGCCAAGGUGUCACAUGUUUUACACCCAGCGCGUCAUCGAUAUCCCCGACGGUCUGCCGAAAUGGACCGGACUCAACGACGAUUCUGAUCUCGUCGAAGACAGCCCGCCAGAGCUUGUGCGAGAGCACGCCCGAGCACUGGAGCAGAGGAAAGCGAAGGAACAGGAAGAGAAGAAUCGGCGCAAGCAGUGA